GUAAUUAAAUUAGACACCAACAAGGAACAAUUUAUAUUCAAUCAAUGGAAAAUCUCCCACCUGGGUAUCGCUUCUUCCCAACAGAAGAAGAGCUAGUUGGCUUUUACCUACUCAACAAGCUAGAAGGGAAAAGAAACAACAUAGAUAGAGUUAUCCCAGUUAUUGACAUCAAUGGAGUAGAGCCAUGGCACCUUCCAUCACUAGCAGGGGAGCUUUGUAGAGAGGAUAAGGAGCAGUGGUUUUUCUUUGCACCUGGUCAAGAGAGAGAAGCUAGGGGAGGUAGACCUAGCAGAACCACAGCUAGUGGGUAUUGGAAGGCUACAGGUUCUCCUGGCUAUGUUUACUCUUCUGAUAAUAAAGUCAUUGGGGUGAAGAAAACCAUGGUGUUCUACAAAGGGAAAGCUCCAAGUGGAAGGAAAACCAAAUGGAAGAUGAAUGAGUACAGAGCCAUCCAAGUCUCUAAUAACCAAUCCAGCACUGCUACCCCUCAGCUGAGGAGGGAAUUCAGCUUGUGCCGGGUGUAUGUGAUUUCGGGAAGCUUUCGAUCAUUUGAUAGACGGCCAUUAAAGAAUGAAAGAGUGGAGUCGCGGCUGGUUCAUGAUGAGGCUGGAACUUCCCUCUUAGGGGGACUCCAUGGUGGUGCUGGUGUGGCAGAGGCUGCUAGUGCUGUUGGAGGAUCAAGCAGCACAAAUUGGAAUGUAAAUAAUGAUGAUAAUGAGGUUCAGCUCCAAGAACCAGUAUGGGAAUGGGAAUGGGAGCAAUUUAAUUGGAUUUAACUCCAGGUCAUGCUGAUUGGUGGGAACUCAAGCAAGGACCCUCAAUUAAAUGGCUUGCAAGAAUCUUGAUUCAAUCAACAAUGGUUGACAAGCGCAUGUAGGGAUAUGUAAUUUAACACAAUCAUUAUAUUUGUUUGUCGUGGGAUAAAUUUCCCCCAGCAGGAAAAUAAGAGGGAAGGUAGGUACUAGGUAGGUUAAUUUCUGUCACAUAUACUCCCCAAAUUGAUUUGAAGAUAGCUUAGAUUCCCUUAUUUUAUUUAUCCAAUUUGAUUAUUAAAUCCAUAUAUUUUUCAGUA